CUCCGCCGCCGCAGUAAUUUAAUCCACCAAUGACAAUGAUGACCGCCGCCUCUCCUAACUCCUCCGCCGACACCUCCCUCACCAAAGUCUUCGUCGGCGGCCUGGCCUGGGAAACCCCCAAGGAAGCCAUGAAAGACCACUUCGAGAAAUACGGAGACAUUCUCGAAGCCGUCAUCAUCUCCGACAAGCUCACCGGCCGAUCCAAGGGCUACGGCUUCGUCACGUUCAAGGACGCCAAUGCGGCGAAGAAAGCGUGCGAGGACGCCACUCCGAUCAUCAACGGCCGCCGCGCCAACUGCAACCUCGCCGUCCUCGGCGCGCGCCGCCCUAGGUCCUCCUCCACCGCCGCCGCCAAUCCGCCUCCUCAGCAAGGUGUGAAUGUUGGACCGAGAGCCGCAGCAUCAACUCCGCCUCCGCCGCCGCAGCCGCAGAAUCAUGUGCAGUGGUAUUAUCCGACGGCGACGCCGGCUGCGGCGGCGCCUUUCCACCACCACCACCAAGCUGUUCCUAUCUAUGGAUACUCACCAACCUACAUUACACCAGCUGACAUGAACUAUAAUCAUAAGGUGGGAUUUACUGGUGGGUCCUACAUGAAUGGGCAUUUCGGUCAAGUAUACCCAGGGCAGGCUAUGGUGGGUGCGGGUGCACUGAUGCCGAUGUACCCUUACUACCAUUUCCACCAAUCACAGACAAUGGGCCUCCCUACCCAUUUAUACUGUCCAACUGCCGCAGGCCCAAUUCCAACUGUCCCAGCUCUCAUUUCUAAGCCCACAUCUAUUGCUCCUCCUAAUGCAGUUUGCCUGGCUGUGGAAUAAAUAGGUGCAACAAUUGGCCAAAAAAUCUGAAGAAAUGGC